AUGUGCAAAAAGUCCAGCCUGGAGCAAAGUCUGGAAGAGACCAGAGCAGAGCUGCUGGUGGUUCGGACUAACCAUGCUGAUACUGUUAGCUCUCUGGAGGCACAGGUAUCUAGAAUGAGCUGCAGCAUUACUGAGCUGCAGACCCUCCUCCGACACAAAGAGGACUCCUCCAGAGCCUACCGAGAAAGAACAGACACACAAAUAGCUAAUCUGGAGCAGCAGGUCCUAGACAGCAGUGAGAGACUGAAGAGUGCAGAGCAGCAGAUCACAGAGAAACAGCAGCACAUGGAUAAACUGCAAGGAGAGUGGAGUGCAGAGAAGGCGUUUCUGGACCAACAAUUGUGCUUGUUAGAACAGCAGAGUCAGGAAAAGGCCAGCCGGCUGGAGGAAAGCAUCAGUUCUCUACAGACAGAAAGACAGAUGCUGCAGGACAGGGGGGCUGAUCUGGACAGGCAGAAGAGCGAGGCAGACUCCUCUCUGAAGCAGCGGACAGAGGAGCUGGAGCUGUGCAGAGUGGAGCUAAACAGCCGGCAGACAGUGAGCACGGAAAUAGCCAAAGCUCUAGAAGAAACAAGGCACCAGAAGGAGGAGCUGCAAACACAGGUUGGAGAGCUCACCACAUCUCUACAGAGCUCACAGCAGGAAGUAUCCACUGUCACUGAGAAACUAGCACUGAGAGAGGAAGACAUCAAAACACUACAGAAUGAGGUGCAGUUUCGCAGGCCUCACUGAUCCCAGCUGCAGGGGGAGAGGUGGGA